UGCUGUGGGACUUGGUUAAAGCCGCACCAGCUUUUCGUUUCCAGCCAGCCUGCAGACCAAAGCUGAGCUGAACAGGAUUCCUAAAAAUGAUCCCGGUGUGGAAAGUUUUGGUCAUGUGUGGAAGUUGUACUCAUCCAGGGCUUUCAGGAUGCAGCCGACACUGAGGGGAGGGGACAGGAGGCGGGGGGCUGACCGUGCUCUCGCCUCGCGCACUGCUUGAGCUCCCGUCGGGCCGAAACAGUCGCUGAGAAUCCGUCUUUUCCACAGACGACUCCGCGGACUUUGCGAGUAAUCCCGUGGGUUACAAAAGCGCCACGAUGACUCACUUUAAUAAGGGACCAGCCUACGGCCUGUCUGCUGAAGUCAAGAGCAAAAUUGCUCAAAAAUAUGACCCACAGAAAGAGGAGGAGCUCCGUUUCUGGAUUGAAGAGGUGACCGGAAUGUCUAUUGGAGAGAAUUUCCAGAAAGGCUUGAAGGAUGGGGUCAUCCUCUGCGAACUGAUUAAUAAGCUGCAGCCUGGUUCAGUGAAGAAAAUCAACCUUUCACAGCUCAACUGGCACAAGCUGGAAAACCUCGGGAAUUUCAUAAAAGCUAUCCUGGCCUACGGCCUGAAGCCCAAUGACAUCUUUGAGGCCAAUGACCUGUUUGAAAACGGAAACAUGACUCAAGUCCAGACAACACUACUCGCACUGGCUAGCAUGGCUAAGACUAAAGGCAUUGACACAAAGAUCGAUAUCGGAGUGAAAUAUGCAGACAAACAAGCUCGACACUUCGAUGAUGAGAAGAUCAAGGCUGGCCAGUGUGUCAUCGGACUGCAGAUGGGAACAAACAAGUGUGCGAGUCAGGCUGGAAUGACUGCGUAUGGAACGAGACGACAUCUGUACGAUCCAAAGACUCACACUGACAAACCUUAUGACCAGACUACCAUCAGCCUGCAGAUGGGCACCAACAAAGGAGCCAGCCAGGCGGGCAUGCCGGCCCCCGGUACUCGCAGAGACAUCUUUGAUCAGAAAGUGGCCGUGCAGCCGCUGGACAACACCACCAUCUCUCUGCAGAUGGGCACCAACAAGGUGGCGUCUCAGAAAGGAAUGAGCGUGUACGGGCUGGGCCGCCAGGUUUACGACCCCAAGUACUGCGCCCCCACCGAGCCGGUCGUCCACACUAACGGCAGCCAAGGCACCGGCACCAACGGUUCCGACAUCAGCGACAGUGACUAUCAGGCUGAAUUCCACGAGGACGAGUACCACGCCGGCUACCACCACGACUACCAUUACAACGACCAGAACAUCUGCUAGUCGGGCUCUCCACCUGUUAGCAGAUGUGUUUUAUCACUACAACAGAGCAAGUCUUUUGCUAUCGCUAGUCUUUUUAUUCUCUGUUAUCUG